AUGAGCACCAUAUUCCGAAUCAUUGAUGUCAACCCCGACCCCAGCGGAGGCUACGAGCCUACUUUGAAGUCGGACCUCCUGAGCCAUGCGGCAUUCCAUACUCAUGCGAGGAGAAGACGACGAGAGGAGAAGAAAAAACAAACUGUUUCAGGUACUUCAGGUGACGAUGGUGACGGUGCGACAGAACUGUCUGCGCAUGCUUUGAGCUUGAUCCGACAACGGCUGCAGGACAGGAGCCUUCGCAGGUCUGGUUUCUCGUUACACAAGGGCGAUGACUGGACUAUCAACCUCAUAUUCUCCAAAUCGCAAGAUUUUAUGGACCUUAGACAACAGAUGUAUUUGUUUUUUUCACAAGAACUUAUGUUGCGACACUUGAUCCCCGAAACGCAGCAACACUUUGCCCUCCUUUCUUCCCUGGCGUACAUGGCUUGCUCAACCCUUGACGCAUUGCGCAACCAUGGCCAAAGUGUGACAGCGCUGUUAGUGAAGGGGAAGGUCGUGCAGGCCAUGAAUCAGAGGUUCAGCAACUCCAGAGCACAGGUCGAUAUUGUCGACUUUGCGACUGUUACCUCUUUAGCAAGCACGGUGGCCGUCUACGAGGGCGGAUUCGGACCAGAGCACCUCGGAGCACCCAUUAACGCCGACAUUGAAGCUGACGGUCACGAUAUCCAGUACUUGAUGCACCGAAAAGGGAUAGAGGCCAUGGCGGUGAUCAUGGCGCAGCAGGCGAAUCCCGCCCGACAAAGCUCUCCUGUGGAAUUGUUGAUAAACAGAACGAUCGCUCUGCACCGCCAUAUGGCCCCCGUAGCCACCGACCUCCAAGUGCCUCCCCCCGAAUAUCCCGACCCGGACUUCGGUUACGGCGACGAUCGUUUUCGCAUGGACGGUGAUUCUCGCGGAGGAAACACGAAAAUGAUUUUGGAGUCGCCCUUCUACUGCCCUGAGCCUGGGUUUCGUUACGUACAACGCUCGAAAUAUUGUGAUGCGCGGCUGCUGCGACUCCUUUGCGAUCUGCGCGACUACCUGGAACUCCUCGAGAUCGAGCGCGACAUCGAGUCUCGGGUGGAGAAAGAAGCGUUUUGUUUCGCUCACCGCCUCGCAUUACGCGUUCGACUGCUCGCUCAUGAAUCGAUCCAUUCACCAUCGACAUCGACAAGGGCGGGAACGGGAAGAAGAAUCAUGCGCGAAAAAGACUAUAUCUAUGAAUGUGUCAGGCUGUGUGGGCUAGUCAUAGUCCAUCUCUCUGACACCUGUCUCCCCUGUCGCGCCGCCUUUCCAGUUAUUCCACCGAACCCUCCUGACACUGCGAGCACGACAACGCUCCCCAAUUUUUCACUCUCGACAGCAGCACCACCCCCGUCUACAACGCCUCCACUAACUCGUUCCUCGCCAUCCACGAGACCAGACAUUAGUGUCCUCCCGCUCAUCGACUCUCCCGCCCCGUCCCACAUACUUCGCGCCCUGGCAUACAACAUCCGCAAGGGCCCCAACGCGCUCGCCGGCUGGGACCUCGCCAUGAGAGGUGUCCUAUAUUUCGUCACAAACGUCGCAGGAGCCAUAUCGGUCGGCCACCCCGAAGCCCUGCUGAUCAUCUCUCUGGGCUCCAAGGGCGUCUUCGACAUGACAAUGUCCAGCAACGAGCGGACCUGGGACGAAGCGUACCUGCCCUUGAGAACUUUCACUGAGUUUCGGAGGUUGUGUUUGAAUGAGCGCAUAGUGAAGCUGACCACGAUGGACGAUUACGAUGAUUGA